AUGCCACCGAAGAGACGUCCUCCACCCAAGCUUUACGGGCCUCUGGGGGAUAACGGAGAGUUGCAGUUCCCGCCUCCCAAGUCUUGGCAGGAGAGGGAGAGAGAGAGGUUAGAGAGCGAGAGUGCUAGCCUGUGCUCGCCUGUGCUCGCAUGUGCUAGCCUGUGCUCGCAUGUGCUAGCCUGUGCUCGCCUGUGUCUGCCUGUGCUCGCCUGUGCUAGGCUGUGCUGGCCUGUGCUAUCCUAUCCUAUCCUAUGCUAUCCUAUCCUAUCCUAUACUCGGCCUGCCCCCUCUCCAAGCGCUACGCACUAUAGCAGAAGUGUCGUGAGGAUUAUUCGUGACGCUCGCCUAGCCCCCUUAGCCAGCGUACCGCGCGAUAAGGAACUUCGUUACAAAAACCUUGCGAGAAACUAUUGUUUGGUCUACAUAGAAGAUUUAGUAUCCGGCGCAUAUGAUAUAAAGGAAAAAGCUGAAGCAGAAGCGAAACGGAAGAGGAUAGAGAAAAGAAGAAAAGAGAAGGAAGCUGCUGAGAUUGCAGCAAAAGAAGCUCUCAAAAAGUAA